CCUCAGGGCAGGAACUCACACACCUUGACUGUCCUCUGCUCGUCUGCAGCUGUGUGACUGUGGGUCUCUGCCAUGUCUCUUUCCCCCUGCCGGACCCAGAGGGCCUUCAGUGCUCGCUCAGCCUGUUCUGCACACCCCAGGGGCCGAGGCAGGCAUAACUUCAGCAGCAGGAGCCUCAGUUCCUUUGGGGGAUGCCAAAGAGGCUCUCGUGCAAUGGCCUGGGGGUCAGGAGGAAGGCCAAGGGUGUGGUUUGGGGAGGGGACUGGUGUGCCUGGGCAUUCCCUGUGCCCUCCAGGGGGCAUCCAGGAAGUGACCAUCAACCAGGAUCUGCUGACCCCUUUGAAGAUUGAGAUGGACCCCCAGUUCCAAGUGGUGAGGACUCAGGAGACCCAAGAGAUCAGAACCCUCAACAACCAGUUUGCUUCCUUCAUUGACAAGGUGCGGUUCCUAGAGCAGCAGAACAAGGUCCUGGAGACCAAGUGGCACCUGCUGCAGCAGCUGGGGGUGAGUGACAGCCCUCGGGGCCUGGAGUCUUUCUUUGAGGACUAUCUGGCCCAGCUCAGGAAGCAGCUGGAGGCGCUCCAGCAACAACGAGGGGCUCUGGACGCUGAGCUGAAGUCCUGCCAGGACCAGGAGGAGGAGUACAAGGCCAAGUAUGAGCAGGAGGCCCACCAGCGGGCCGUGGUCGAGAAUGACUUCAUGGUUCUCAAAAAGGAUGUGGACCAAGUUUUCCUGAGCAAGAUGGAGUUGGAAGGCAAGCUGGAGGUUCUGAGAGAGUACACCUGCUUCUUGAGGCGUCUAUAUGAAGAAGAGCUGGGCCAGCUGCAGACCCAGGCCAGUGACAUGUCCAUAGUGCUGUCCAUGGAUAACAACCGAUGCCUAGACUUCAGUGACAUCAUUGCCGAGGUCCACAGCCGGUAUGAGGAGAUUGCCCAGACCAGCAAAGCCGAGGCUGAGAUGCUGUACCAGACAAAGUACCAGGAGCUUCAGGCAUCUGCCCAGCUCCAUGGGGACAGCAUGAAGGAAACCAAAGUCCAGAUCUCUUGGCUGCAGCAGGCAAUUCAGAGACUGCGGAGUCAAAUUGAGGACCUUAAGAAACAGAACACCAACCUGGAGGCUGCCAUCACAGACGCCGAGCAGCGUGGGGAGCUGGCCAUCAAGGAUGCUCAGACCAAGCUGGCCGAGCUGGAGGCCGCUCUGAGGGCCGCCAAGCAGGAAAUGGCCCGGCUGCUGCAAGAGUACCAGGAGCUGAUGAGCACCAAGCUGGCCCUGGACGUGGAGAUCGCCACCUACCGCAGGCUGCUGGAGGGCGAGGAGUGCAGGAUGUCUGGGGAGUGCACCAGCCAGGUCACUAUCUCUGUGGGGGGCGGCAGCACCAUCCUGUCUGGAGGAGCUUGCAAUAGCCCUUGUGGACUCGGAGGCGGGGAAGACGCGUUUGGAUCCAGCUGCUCCAGCGUCGUGACUGGAGGCUCCAGCGUCGUGACUGGAGGCUCCAGCAUCGUCCUGGGCUCUGGACAGGCCUCUGCUAUGGGUUCCUGCUCUGUGUCCGGCUCCAGUUCUGGCUCCAGCUGCCACACCAUCCUGAAGAAGACAGUCGAAUCAAGUCUCAAGACGUCCGUCACAUACUGAGUGCUGUGGCAGCCACGUUCUCCCCUGCCUUCCUGAAUAUUCUCAGCCCCGCCCCACCCCAGCAUGGCCGUUUGUGUGUCCACUGCCCACAGGGGAUGCUGCAGAGAUCAAUAAAGUCACGUCU